UGAAAGCAAUUAUUUAGAGCAUGAGAACCGUCACUAUGACGAACAGUCGAGUUAAUUAAAUUUUCCAUUAGACAAAGUGUUUAAUCAAUUGGGUUAGAAAUCUACAACUGAUUGUUAUGUUGACUCUUUUAAUGAUUAGUUUAACUUGACUAGAUUCACUUUAAUUAUGUGGGUUAACUGAAUCGACUCUGUUUGUCAAUCUCACUGGUCAGUCUGACUUGAUCAUUUCCAUUGUCCGGUCAUCUUUGUUUACCAUUUCAGUUGAUUGUUUUGUUAUCAUUUUCUUGUAAACAAAUUAAAUCUUUCCUGUUUAAUUGUGAUCAACAUUUUGUGCUAAUGGCGUUAAUUGUUUAUCGAGGCCAUAAAGGUUUACGAAAGGUAAAUUCUGAUCGAUUUAAGGACAAAAGGUCACCUCAAAAUCGGAUAAUCAAAGAUGGACACAUCGAUGAGUCAACUGUAUUUACGUUCGUCGAUUUUAUCCCGUCGUUUUGUAAAAAGGUUCAAGAUCGAACUGUUUAUCACAGUUUCAGCUCUCUAGUCAAUCUCGCCAAUGAAUGGCUUCACCGGAAUCCCUCCUGGGAAGUGAUCAGCUGUGAAACUGUCCCUCAAUAUCAUCAUUCUGUCGUCUCGGAGAUUGAAUAUUCUGCCGAUGUUUACACUCUUCGACUUUGGGUUCGCAGGUCAGAGACCGUUAACUAUUGUACCGAUGAUGUGAUCUUUUGGUAUAAAGAUUUUGUCCCCAAUCGCCGAGCCGAUCAGUCUUUUGAACAACUCGAGGAUCUAAUCGAGGGAAUUAAUGAAGAGAUUCAAGGUGGUCGGAUUAACGGGAAAAUCUUACAAAUCGAAACAAUUAAAAUCGGUGCUAAUGAUGAUUGGAACUAUCAUAUUGACGCUACUUAUAUUUCCGAUGGAAAAACGACUCGAGACAUGAAUCGAUUUACCAAUUUUCUCAUUGGAAUCAGAGUUUUCUUCCAGAUCGGCUCUUGGUUGGAAGAUGAAAUUGUUCUCGUUGAUUUUGUUCCCGAAUUUGAUUUAACUGAAUCACAAUCGUUUAGAACGAAAGAAAAAUUUUCACAAUUAAUUGAUAAAUCGGCGAAAUGGUUAAUCGCUAAUCAAGAUCUAAACUUUUGUAAUGCUCAAGCCGUCGAUAUAAGAGUGAGAGAAACUGAGAAUCAAAAUCUUGAAACUCGAAGGACUUGGUGGGUCAAACAGGAUAUCGACAAGAUGGUCAGAUUUUUGAGAAUCUAUUGUACCAAACCAAACGAAAUGGGACGAUUAAUGGCCGCAUCGAACAGCGAUUUGUCAUUAUUCACUCAUAAUCCCGAGUUAAUUUUAUCCUCAAUUGCUUUCGAUCAGAAGACUUUCCAUCAGGAUAUUAUCGAUUGGUAUAAGAAUUUCCAAUCAUCCCAAAUUGGAGAGAAACUAAUUAAGAGACGAAUAGCAACAAUCGAAACUCUGAUCAUUCCUCCGUUCGUCCAUCACGAUGUUGGCCUUUCUUUUCAACAUUCGGUUGACCAAACCCUCAUCGGUAGUCCAAUGCAGGGUCGGAUGAAAUAUCUAUUCGUUGCGAUCAGAAUUUAUUUCCAGGAAACACCGGAACGUUCAGAAUCCGCUGAGGAAUCAACAGAAGUUCAUUCUGAUCUCGAUGAGAAAAAUUAAUCAACUUUUUUAAUUGCUUAGCUUUCAAUUUCUAUCAAUUAAAAUUUCUCAUUAUGAUCAUUUGCUCAUCACUUUAAUCGAAUUGCUUGUUUUGAAACAAUUAAGCUAAUCAACUAAUUUUGACACAUCAAAAAGUCACUAAUCACUUUUUUCAUCUAUUGUUGUUUUUUUUUAAUUUUCUCAACCAAUUAGAUUGAGAGGAAUUAAAAUAAAGA